AUGGAUGAGGCAAUCCAUUUCAAGGUUUCAAAAGAGAUCGACACUGUGACGGGCACACUGUUUUAUGGAAUUUCUCGAUGGUUGACGUCGAGAUAUUCUGCUGAAGAGGCAGUCCUAGCAAAGACAUCNNUACAGCAAAAAAUCUACUCCGACGUCUUUGCGCGCUGGCCAAAGCAAGCGCUUCGUCCCGAUCACCAACUCCAAGAUGUCCUAGGCAAAGCCGUGACCGAGCGAUUCCAGAACUAUAAGCCUUCUAUGGAGCGUGAGGAGCUUCUUAAGGCGCGGGCGCUUCAAUUCCUCCUCCAAGACCGAUAUAACGAUCGAUUCAAGCUCAAGGGUAGAUUACUCGAGCCAAAGAGUCAACCGACAUAUUUUGCGGAUCUAGUGAGGGAAAUUGACGAGGCGCCGAACAGAUCAUGGUUGGAGAGAUUGGGCAAGCGAUUAACAGGAAUGAUUCGGUUUCAGUAA